AUAGGCACCUGUCAUUAUCUGUCAUCGUAAUUUUUUCCGAGAAGAAAAUGUGUGGGGUUCUUCGUUAUCACGUUUAGUGACCCUUUUUGGCCCGUAUUCGUUUGGUGUCACAUGUGCAUUAUUAAACUGAAAUAGCCAAACCACCCAAAAUCUAUUGGUUUUUAAGAAAUUUAUGUUAGAAGAAAAUGGGUAACGUGCACGCUUAUUCAUCACCAGCCCCUCCGCCGCCACCACCAUCGGCCACGCCGUACACCAAAACGGAAACAUCCACCUCAGGAUCCCCCCAAGAAGUUGAAAACCCCGGUCCUCUCGAAGAUAUUCAUACAAAAUGCAAAAAUAUAUUCCCGACAAAUUUCGAAGGAGCGAGAGUGAUGCUUACGAGGGGUCUUAGCAAUCAUUUUCAAAUUUCACAUACGAUUAAUAUGAGUUCCAUUACUCCUAGUGGGUAUAGGUUUGGGGCGACUUAUGUAGGAACUAAACAAAUUUCACCCAGUGAAGCCUAUCCUAUCCUACUAGGUGACAUAGACCCGUCAGGGAAUCUUAAUGCUACAAUUAUUCACCAAUUAUGUUCCAAAAUUCAAGCAAAAUUUGGAGCCCAAGUUCAGAAUUCAAAAUUCACUGUUGGACAAUUGACUAUGAACUACAAGGGAUCUGACUAUACUGCCAGCGUUACAGUGGCGAAUCCAGACAUUAUUUCAGGAUCUGGAGUUGUGGUUCUCCAUUACCUUCAAGCUGUAACACCAAGACUAGCCCUAGGUUCUGAGCUUGCGUAUCAAAAGGGGCCAGCCAUACCGGGAGGAGAAAUAGCUCUCUUAAGUGCCGCAGCAAAAUAUACCACAGAGAAUACGCAAAUAUCUGGAACUUUGGGUGUCUCAGGCGUCCAUUUAUGUUAUUACCAAAAGGCCAGCAGUCAGUUGCAAAUAGGUGUAGAACUGGAAGCGAAUCCGCGGAUGCAGGAAUCUGUAGCGUCCAUAGGAUACCAAGUUGAUUUGCCAAAGAGUGAAGUGGUAUUUAAGGGGCAUGUAGACUCAAACUGGUCCGUGGGGGCCGUUUUAGAAAAAAAACUAAGUCCUUUGCCUUUUACACUGGCUCUAAGUGGGCUUUUGAAUCACAACAAAAAUCAGUUUAGACUUGGUGUUGGAAUUCUAAUUGGAUAACUUCCUAAUUCUGAAUGAAAAGAAUAUUUCAAAUUAAUUAUCGUUGAACUUGUCACUAGGAAAGCGGAUUUUAGUAUUUUUUUUUAAUUUGUACCGUUUAUUAAUAAAAUGAAGUCAGUUUUGUAUAUACUAUACAUAAUUGUUUUUAUAUUUCCAGAAAUUGAAGUUGUUCCAAGACUUGAUUGUAUGUAGACUUAGAUAACAACUUAAAUUGUUAAUGCAUUUGAUCCUUAAUUUCAUAAUAGGUUGUGCAUAAGACACAUACGUGAUUUUAUUUAUGUGUAUAUGCAUACGUCAAACAUGUUGUUCCUAAUUGUGUUUGAGAAACCUGUUAUAAAAAUAAGUUUUGUUAUUUUUUUUUACAUUUUAAAAAUUAGGCCAUGUAAUAUAGAGAAUCAAUUAAAAACUUUGUUGAAA